UAAAUCUCUGAAGCUAAAUGUUCUCUUUAUCUGUUGGGAAAAUGUGGAAAGGUGGAUCAGCAAGGAAAGCUUGAGCUCUUGUCUCAGGCCUAGUAUAGAAAGAUUGACUCGGGGGUGAUGCACGUAGUUGAGUCCUUUGCUCUUUGAUGAGGAUACCAGAUAAAGUAGCAGUUGAUACCACUGGAUGAUCACUUGUAGGUUGGUCACUUGUGUUGGGAACUGCAUCUCCUUUUAUAGAGGAAGAAUGAAAAAUUAAAGGCAGUAUUAAUAUAUCAAGUAAUCUGUAUUAACACUCUUCUUGCUGCUGUUUUUCAGGAUUGCAUGACUUGCAAAAUUACUUUUUUGGGGACCUGCGGUGGUGUUUGACUGGAUAUUGCUGCCUGGUUCUGAAUGAUGUCAGAACAGGAUUUGGCAGAUGUUGUUCAGAUCGCUGUUGAAGACCUGACUCCAGAUAACCCAGUUGUGUUGGAGAAUCAUGAAAUGACAGAUGAUGAUGUAGAGCCUACUCUGAAACAUCAGCGUAUAGAAAUUAACUGCCAGGAUCCCUCUAUUAAGUCAUUCCUGUAUUCCAUUAAUCAGACAAUAUGCCUGCGGUUGGAUAGCAUUGAGGCAAAGUUGCUGGCACUAGAGGCUACCUGUAAAUCAUUGGAAGAGAAGUUGGAUCUCGUCAUGAACAAACAGCACAGCCCCAUCCAAGUCCCCAUGGUGGCAGGUUCGCCUCUUGGCGCUACGCAGACAUGCAAUAAAGUACGAUGUGUUGUCCCUCAGACGACAGUAAUACUGAACAAUGACCGGCAGAAUUCAGUUGUAGCCAAGAUGGUUGGGCAGGAAGAGCCACUGAGCAGAGCAGCGGAUUCUCUGGAAAAUAUUCUUAGCAAUGCUGUUCCUGGACGUAGGCAGAACACCAUAGUGGUGAAAGUUCCUGGGCAUGAUGACAGUCACAAUGAAGAUGGAGAGAGUGGCUCUGAGGCCAGUGACUCAGUUUCCAACAGUGGACAAAUAGGAAGCCAAAGUAUUGGGAACAACGUCACCCUUAUUACACUGAACUCUGAAGAGGAUUACCCCAAUGGGACAUGGCUCGGAGAUGAAAAUAACCCUGAGAUGCGGGUCCGUUGCCCCAUCACGCCUGCUGACAUGCUGCACAUCAGCACGAACUGCCGCACAGCUGAGAAGAUGGCACUGACAUUGCUUGAUUAUCUCUUCCAUCGGGAAAUUCAGGCCAUUUCCAACCUUUCAGGCCAGGGGAAGCAUGGGAAGAAGCAACUUGAUCCUCUCAUGAUUUAUGGAAUUCGCUGUCACCUAUUUUACAAAUUUGGCAUCACAGAAUCUGACUGGUACAGAAUCAAGCAAAGCAUAGACUCUAAAUGCCGAACAGCUUGGAGGCGGAAACAGCGAGGGCAGAGUCUUGCUGUGAAAAGCUUUUCAAGGCGAACACCAUCAUCAUCUUACAGUGGUUCAGAGGGUUCACAGAGUUCGGUUUCAGCUUCUAAUGAGAUCCAGCAGAACCAGCCCCAAGCACUACACUAUGCACUAGCCAAUGCUCAGCAGGUUCAGAUCCACCAAAUAGGAGAAGAUGGACAAGUCCAAGUAAUCCCACAGGGCCAUCUCCACAUAGCCCAAGUUCCUCAAGGUGAGCAAGUCCAAAUCACGCAGGACAGUGAGGGAAACCUGCAGAUACAUCAAGUUCAUGUGGGUCAAGAUGGGCAGGUGUUGCAGGGUGCUCAGCUGAUAGCUGUUGCUUCUGCUGAGCCUGCCUCAGGGGGUGUUGAUGGGUCCCCACUCCAAGGGAGUGAUAUCCAAGUCCAGUAUGUGCAGCUGACACCAGUGACAGACCACUCUGUGACUAAUCAAGGCACUGAUACCCUUCAGUCAACAAUCCAGACAGAAAUGCAGAUAGAACAUGGAGCAAUCCAAAUCCAAUAAGAACUGUGAAAAGCUGCGUCAACUGAAAUGUGGGUGACCCAUGCCAGAAGUUAAGUGCUGUCAUCUUUGUGCAAUGACAGGAGAAUGGAAAUGCCCUUUAGACUAAUGGUCACACCUUGAACAUCUCCUUCAAAUCACAGUGUUCUGAUGAUCUGGUUGUCCUCACCUGGAAUAAAUGAGACCCAUUUACUUAAA